AUGCCUGGGGUCUGCUACGUCGUGUUGGUGUACGUAGCCAUCGCCUUUGUCAUUGUUCGUGUAAAGCCUAACUCAACGAAUUUGAGCCCCACGUUGGAGAAACCUACUCAUCUGACACUCGACAACUCGCACUACGAGAAAGACGAAGAGAGAGGCAUCACCGAUAAGGUCAAAUCUUGGUUAACAAUGUCAAAAUCCGCCCAGGAAACCACCCAGGAAACCACCCAGAAAACACUGAAGCAGUGGGCCAAAGAUAAACAAUCCCCAGACCUGGUUUUUGAAACGAUCAAGCGCGUGCAAGCAGCGGAUAAACUGUUCGAGAAUCCUUUGUUUCCGGCAUGGCUGGAAGGUAUCCCAGAGGAGACUCUCGUCAAGAUGCUCGCUGCAGCGAGGCAAAUACCGAGUACCAAGGAUAUUGCUACCAAGCUACAGAAUGUUAUGAUCCAAGGCUGGCUGAAAGCAGAAAAAUCUCCAGACGAUUUGUUCAACCUGCUUCGACUUGGAUGGAUGAGAGAUCUCGGUAAUCCGUCUUUCAACAUUUGGGUGGAAUACAUGGGUCAUUUCGCAACAAGAUUCCCGACAAAAGCAAAGUCAAUCAUUCCAACCUUGGUGCGACUCAAAGGUGCUCAACAGCCCUACGUCAUGCUCGAAUUGGCGAAAAAGGACCCAUCCACAAAGGCACUGGCCACGAGACUGAGGACCGAACAAAUGAAGACGCCGUGGGAGUACCGUGACAGCGUCUUCAAGCUGUUCUCGGCUGAAGUCCAUGUGGAUGACAUACUCACGAGUCCUCUCUUUCUCACUUGGACUAAAUAUGUGAAAGCUCAGAGCCCAUUGGAUAACGUCUUGAUGGUAUCGGCAACCCGUCCUUUCACGUAUGGAGUCCAACCGAAGGGAGCCAGGUGA